AUGUGGGACUUCUUUCUUCACAGAUUUCUCUUGAAGCAAAAGGGUGAAGAAAAGGAGAAUGAAAUCACAGUUUAUGACUACUUUACAAACAAUAAAAUGAUUGGCCUGCAUAGUUCAGCUGAUAUGCCGUGCAUCAAUGUUGACAAACCACAACGCCCGUGUUACUUUCCGAUAGAGCUGUGUGAGUUGGUACCAUUGCAGCGGUACACCAAGGCACUGACAAAUUUGCAAAGGGCUCAGCUAGUGGAAAAGACAAGGCAAAGUCCCAAAGACAGGAAAGCUGAGGUUGAAAAAUCCUUAAGAAGCAACGAAUAUGAUAACGAAUUAAUGCUUCGCUCUCUUGAGAUUAACAUUGAUCAUAACAUAACAAGACUUGAGGGUCGUGUAUUGCAACCUCCAGAGGCAAGUUUACCUAUAUUAUAUGAAUUUCUUAUAGUUGGACAACAGAGAUGCAUCACUCCCCUCCAUGGGCGCUGGAAUUUUAUUGAUAAGCAACUAUUUGCCCCUGUGACAAUUGAUAAAUGGGCCGUUGUAAGCUUUUCAAGUGAGUGCGACACAACACUGUUGAUAGAAAACAUUGACAAUAUUAGUGCUGCUCUAGGAAUGAACAUGAAGAAUUUACUACACGAGAAGGUAAUUGAAGAGAAUUCUAGAUUUAUAAAUCAACCAGCACAUGUGAGGGUAGAACAAAUGCAUAAAAAGUUGGACAAGACUCUACCAGGAAAACCUAGUUUUCUGUUGUGUAUUCUUCCAACAAAGAAUUCUGAUAUUUACGGUCCGUGGAAAAAGAAAUUUUCAAUUGAUGGCGGGAUCGUAACACAAUGUAUUAGUGCACAACAAAAAUUUGAUCAUCAGUACAUUACUAAUGUACUCUUGAAAAUCAACCUGAAGUUUGGCGGGGUGAAUACCAAUCUGUCAAUGGAGCAUGAGAAGAAAAUUCCUAUUGUUUCUGCUAAACCCACCCUAAUUCUUGGUAUGCAUGUUUCUCAUGGAUCUCCUGUUGGAUUAAAUGUGCCCUCCAUUGCUGCGGUUGUGAGCUCAAGAUGUUGGCCUCAAAUUACGCGUUAUAGAGCUGCUGUCCGUGCACAGUCAGCAAAAAAUCAGUUGAUUCAAUCUUUGUUUAUGCCUGAUGAGGCUGAUCAUCCUUCAGAGGACAAGGGUAUCAUCAGGGAGCUACUGUUGGAAUUUUUCGAAAGUUCAAAGAGUAUAAAGCCUCAACAAAUUAUCAUUUUCAGGGAUGGAGUGAGCGAAUCACAGUUCAAACGAGUACUAAAUGAUGAGUUAAAUCAAAUAAUACAGGCAUGCAAAUUACUUGAUGGAGACUGGGACCCAAAGUUCACUUUGAUUAUAGCCCAAAAGAAUCAUCAUACUAGGUUCUUCAACGCCAAUGAUGAAGAUUAUGAUGUUCCAGUUGGUUUGUCACCUCAACAGAAAAAGAAAAGAAAAGUGAAUGCUGCUGAAACGACCCGCCAACAUGGAACAACUCGACCUGUUCACUACCAUGUUUUACACGAUGAAAUCGGGUUCUCAACUGAUGAACUGCAGGAACUAGUGCAUUCUCUAUCUUAUAUGUAUCAAAAGAGCACAGCUGCUGUAUCGUUAGUUGCUCCCCUUUGUUAUGCCCGCAUGGCGGCUAGACAGGUGACAAAAUUUGUGAAGUUUGAUAAAGAAUGUAAGGCUUCUGGCAACCAUGGUGGAGGCACAUCUUCUGCUGCACCUCCAUUAUCAAUUCUUCCCGAGCAACUCAUGGAGAGCAUAUACUUAUGUUAA